AUGGCUUGUUUAUUAAAAAACUGUGAUAUUAAAGGUGAAGAUGAAAGAAUGGUGGUCUGUUGGCUGUGCCAUGAAUGUUGGCACUUUAAAUGCAGUGGACUUUCAGGGCUAGUAGCAGAAGCUGUUUCUAAAAAUAAAGUUUUACAUUGGUGCUGUGAAAGUUGUAGAAAAUUUGGUGUAAACUAUUAUCGAUUUUUCCAAGAGACUAAAAAGAAAUUCGCCGAAAUUCAAGAUGAAGCCGUUAAAUUAAAUGAAUGCAUUUCCGCAUACGCAAAAAUGUUCGAUGAUUUUAAAUCUCUGGAUAAUUUAAAAUCUCCUCCGCAAUCUUCUCCCAAACGACGUAAAUCGGCAAGAGACUUAACCAAAGAAAAACGUGAUGAUCAACCAACUGUGUCUGCACCUCCGUGUAACACUGCAUCUGAUCCAAACGUUCCAAUAACUAAUAUUUCUGUUCCUGUACCUUCGUGUAACACUGCAUCUGAUCCAACUGUUCCUUUAUCCAAUAUUACUGAAUUAAGUAGUAAUAAUUUACAUCUUAGUUAUGCUGACGCAGUUUUAUGUUCUGCCAAUGUAACUACUAAUGUGAUUAAUCCGAUUGUUGAUAAUCCUCCGCAAUUGAUAAAUACUGAAAUUAUUCCUCUCCGAGCAAUUCCUCCAAAAAAGACAAUAUUCAUUUCUCGUCUAGCAAGCGAUACUACUUCCGAUUCACUUGAUUUCUACAUAAAAAAUUAA